AUGGGAGACCAGAUCCACCUGUCACUGACGUGUCUGCAGCUGCAGUACGGAGAUGUCUUCCAAAUGCAUAUGGGCUCCCUUGUGGUGGUGGUGCUGGUACAGCAGGGUGAGGCAAUCGCUGGACGCACUGACCUCUUCACCUUCUCCACCGUGGCCAAUGGCACUAGCAUGACAUUCAGCGAGAAAUACGGCGCUGCCUGUGUGCUCCACAAGAAGCUGUGCAAGAACGCCCUGUGCUCCUUCUCGCAUGCAGAGCUGCGGGGCCCUGGCACCACCUGUCUGCUAAAGGAGCACGUGUGCGCCGAGGCGGCUCGUAUGGUGGAGGUCAUUUGGGAGCACUCAGAGGGGAGCGAGGGGCUAGGUCUGGACCUUGUGGUCCCGCUGGUCACGUCGGUGGCAAAAUUGGUGUGUGUCUUGUGUUUCGGGAAGAGGUAUGACUACAAUGACACGGAGUUCCUCACUAUUGUGCACAUCAACAACGAGGUGUUGCAGAUCUUUGCUGCAGGAAACCUGGUCGACUUGUUACCUGUGUUCCGCUACCUGCCGAGCCCGUCUCUGAGGAAGAUAAUAAUAAUAAUAAUAUGCCAUUUAGCAGACGCUUUUAUCCAAAGCGACUUACAGUCAUGCGUGCAUACAUUUUUGUGUAUGGGUGGUCCCGGAGAUCGAACCCACUACCUUGGCAUUACAAGCGCCGUGCUCUACCAGCUGAGCUGGUUGAGCACAUCAACAGAAUGAACAGCUUCAUGGAACGCAAUAUCGAGGAGCACCUGGAGACCUUUGAAAAAGUAUGAGCCACACCUGGGUCAUGCAAAUCAGAGCACGCCACAGAAAAAUGUUUUAAAACAGAAAACAAAACAUGAGUGCUUCUUUUUGGGACAAGUCCAUGUUGAGUGCAUCUUUUUGGGACAAGUCCAAGUAGUCACUCCCUGUUUCAGUCAGUUUUCUUCUGUUUGGUGGCUAAUCCCAAGCGAAAAAAUUUUAAUAUUUAAAUAUGCUUAAAUCAUACUUCAUGAAUAUAUUUUAAGUAUAUUUAAAAUAUCUAAAUUGAAACCAUUUUGAAUACAUUUAAUGCAUUUAAUGUCCAUUUUAUUGAUAUUUUAUUAGCAUUUGUAUAUUAAAAUACUUUUAAAAAUGCUCUCAAUUGGGACACUUUUUUGUACUUAAGAUAUUCUUUAGUAUAGUAUAUUAAUAAUGAGCACUAUACUUUAUUAUUGCUAUAUAAUUCUAAGAAAUAUACUAAAAUUAAAUAUCCAUUUUAAAAUGAUCUUAAGUUUUAUAUACUUUCAAAAACGUAAACUUCACUCUUAACACACUUAAUUAGCAUGUAAAGGUUACCUUGAUGACCAAGGCAUCUCCUCAGCAAAUGUUAACAUGCUAUUUACAAAGCAGUUGUGGCUGGAGCAGCAAUUUACAAGUAACACUUUUGGAGAUUGUGCACCAUUGGCAUUUCACACUUUAGUUCUUCACAUUACGGUAAUAAAUUAACAUUUCAAUAAAAUGUGUAAUAUGUAAGGUGUAAUUAAAAGUACAGCAUUAUUUAGUUUGGAAAUUAACCUCAAAACAUUUGAAUAAGCCAAAUAUGAGGAACAAUAUCAUAUUAUAAAUCAAAACUUCAACACGAAAGGAUGCUGGGGAAUAUGCCAUUUCUGUGCACAUGCGUUUUUAAAAAGUAUACUUUAAAUAUAUUUUGUGGACAUUUAAGUUAAAUCUACUUUUUUGGAAGUAUACUUAAGUAUAUUUUCUUGAGAUAUGAAAAACUAUACUCUCAGGAAGAAUGUUCCUCUGCUGUGCAAUAAACAAUCGUUAUCAUUGUCAACUUUCUCUGCACUUUUCUGAACAGAAUUUCAGAAAUUACUUCAAAACUCAUUAUUGGCACUGAAACUACAGUGCCUUGCAAACGUAUUCAUAACCCUUGGAUUUAUUCACAUUUUGUUGUUACAACGUGGGAUUAAAAUGGAUUUGUAAUUUGUACUUUUUUGACAACAAUCUACACAAAAUACUAUAAUGUCAAAGUGGAAGAUUUCUAUUUAUUUGUUUUCAAAAGGUGGAUAGAAAUUAAAUAACUAAAUAUAGUCAUUGCAUAAGUAUUUAGCUCCCUGAGUCAAUAUAUGCUAGAACACCAUGGAAGCAAUUACAGCGAUGAGGCUUCUUGGGUAAGUCUCUAAGAGCUUACUCACCUGGAUUGUGAAACAUUAGCCCUUAUUCUUUUCAUAAUUCUUCAAGCUCUGUCAAUAUGUUGGUGCUCACGGCUACACAGCAAAUUUCAAAUGUUGCCAUAGAUUUUCAAGCAGAUUUAAGUCAAAACUGUAACUUGGACACAUUCGAUGACAAUUAGUCACAUCAGUGAAAAUCAAACUGUCCACUUAGAAGCACACUGAUUUAAAUGUCCUGCUGUUGUGCAAAUGAAAUGGACAACAGGUGGAAAUUAUAGGCAAUUAGCAAGACACCCCCAAUAAAGGACUGUUUUGCAUGUGGUGACAACAGACCACUUCUCAGUUCCUAUGCUUCCUGGCUGAUGUUUUGGUCACUUUUGUAUGCUGGCGGUGCUUUCACUCUAGUGGUAGCAUGAGACGGAGUCUACAACCCACACCAAGUGGCUCAGUAAGUGCAGCUCAUCCAGGAUGGCACAUCAAUGCGAGCUGUGGCAAGAAGGUUUUGCUGUGUCUGUCAGCGUAGUGUCCAGAGCAUGGAGGCGCUACCAGGAGACAGGCCAGUACAUCAGGAGACGUGGAGGAGGCCGUAGGAGGGCAACAACCCAGCAGCAGGACUGCUACCUCCACCUUUGUGCAAGGAGGAGCAGGGGGGAGCACUGCCAGAGCCCUGCAAAAUGACCUCCAGCAGGCCACAAAUGUGCAUGUGUCUGCUCAAAUGGUCAGAAACAGACUCCAUGAGGGUGGUAUGAGGGCCCGACGUCCACAGGUGGGGGUUGUGCUUACAGCCCAACACCGUGCAGGACGUUUGGCAUUUGCCAGAGAACACCAAGAUUGGCAAAUUCGCCACUGGCGCCCUGUGCUCUUCACAGAUGAAAGCAGGUUCACACUGAGCACGUGACAGACGUGACAGAGUCUGGAGACGCCGUGGAGAACGUUCUGCUGCCUGCAACAUCCUCCAGCAUGACCGGUUUGGCGGUGGGUCAGUCAUGGUGUGGGGUGGCAUUUCUUUGGGGGGCCGCACAGCCCUCCAUGUGCUUGCCAGAGGUAGCCUGACUGCCAUUAGGUACCGAGAUGAGAUCCUUAGACCCCUUGUGAGACCAUAUGCUGGUGCGGUUGGCCCUGGGUUCCUCCUAAUGCAAGACAAUGCUAGACCUCAUGUGGCUGGAGUGUGUCAGCAGUUCCUGCAAGAGGAAGGCAUUGAUGCUAUGGACUGGCCCGCCCGUUCCCCAGACCUGAAUCCAAUUGAGCACAUCUGGGACAUCACGUCUCACUCCAUCCACCAACGCCACAUUGCACCACAGACUGUCCAGGAGUUGGCGGAUGCUUUAGUCCAGGUCUGGGAGGAGAUCCCUCAGGAGACCAUCCGCCACCUCAUCAGGAGCAUGCCCAGGCAUUGUAGGGAGGUCAUACAGGCACGUGGAGGCCACACACACUACUGAGCCUCAUUUUGACUUGUUUUAAGGACAUUACAUCAAUGUUGGAUCAGCCUGUAGUGUGGUUUUCCACUUUAAUUUUGAGGGUGACUCCAAAUCCAGACCUCCAUGGGUUGAUACAUUUAAUUUCCAUUGAUAAUUUUUGUGUGAUUUUGUUGUCAGCACAUUCAACUAUGUAAAGAAAAAAGUAUUUAAUAAGAUUAUUUCAUUCAUUCAGAUCUAGGAUGUGUUAUUUUAGUGUUCCCUUUAUUUUUUUGAGCAGUGUAUAUUUCUCAUCAAUUAGAAAUAUACUAAAAUGGUAUUUGAAUUAGAAUUCCUGUAUUUUCUUUACAAAAAAGUGUAUUUGUAAUGUGUUUCAAGUAUACUUCUACAAAUACGUUACACUUCUACUCAUUAACCACUUUAGCUAUUUUAAUUAGCCAUGUAAAGGUUACCUUGAUUGACCAAGGCAUCUCCUCAGCCAAUGUUAACAUGCUAUUUACAAAGCAGUUGUGGCUGGAGCAGCAAUUUACAAGUAACACUUUUGAGAAUUGUGCACCAUUGGCAUUUCACACUUUAGUUCUUCACAUUACGGUAAUAAAUUAACAUUUCAAUAAAAUGUGUAAUAUGUAAGGUGUAAUUAAAAGUACAGCAUUAUUUAGUUUGGAAAUUAACCUCAAAACAUUUGAAUAAGCCAAAUAUGAGGAACAAUAUCAUAUUAUAAAUCAAAACUUCAACACGAAAGGAUGCUGGGGAAUAUGCACAUUUCUGUGCACAUGCGUUUUUGAAAGUAUACUUUAAAUAUAUUUUGUGGACAUUUAAGUUAAAUAUACUUUUUUGGAAGUAUACUUAAGUAUAUUUUCUUGAGAUAUGAAAAACUAUACUCUCAGGAAGCAUGUUCCUCUGCUGUGCAAUAAACAAUCGUUAUCAUUGUCAACUUUCUCUGCACUUUUCUGAACAGAAUUUCAGAAAGUACUUAAAAACUCAUUAUUGGCACUGAAACUACAGUGCCUUGCAAAAGUAUUCAUAACCCUUGGAUUUAUUCACAUUUUGUUGUUACAACGUGGGAUUAAAAUGGAUUUGUAAUUUGUACUUUUUUGACAACAAUCUACACAAAAUACUAUAAUGUCAAAGUGGAAGAUUUCUAUUUAUUUGUUUUCAAAAGGUGGAUAGAAAUUAAAUAACUAAAAUAUAGUCAUUGCAUAAGUAUUUAGCUCCCUGAGUCAAUAUAUGCUAGAAACACCAUUGGAAGCGAUUACAGCGAUGAGGCUUCUUGGGUAAGUCUCUAAGAGCUUUACUCACCUGGAUUGUGAAACAUUAGCCCUUUAUUCUUUUCAUAAUUCUUCAAGCUCUGUCAAUAUGUUGGUGCUCACGGCUACACAGCAAAUUUCAAAUGUUGCCAUAGAUUUUCAAGCAGAUUUAAGUCAAAACUGUAACUUGGACACAUUCUGUCUUCUUGGUAAGCAACUCCAGUGUAGAUUUGGCCUUGUGUUGUAGGUUAUUGUCCUGCUGAAAGGUGAAUUCCUCUCUCAGUGUCUGAAGCAAGGUUUCCUCUAAGAUUUUGCCUGUGCUUAACUCCAUCCAGUUUAUUUUUAUCCUGAAAAACUCCCUAGUAUUUGCCGAUGUCAUGCAUACCCAUACCAUGAUGCAGCCACCACCAUGCUUGAAAAUAAGGUGGCAGUUACUCAGUGAUGUGUUGUGUUGGAUUUGCACCAAACAAACAGUAUAGCUUUGCAUUUUGCAGUAUUACUUUAGUGCCUUGUUGCAUACAAGAUGAACAGUAUGUUUUGGAAUAUUCUGUAUAUUGCAGCUCAGUUCAGAAGGACGACUGUAUCUUUGAUGUGUCUGGAUGAUUUAAUACAUAAUCCACAGCAUAAUUAUUCACUUGACCAUGUUUAAAGAGAUAUUCAUUGUCUGAUUUGAUGUUGUUAACGAUCUACUAAUCACUGCCCUUUUAUGAGGCUUUCAAAAGGCUCUCUGGUCUUUGUGUUUGAAAUUCAAUACGUGACUGAGGGACCUUACAGAUCUUGUAUGUAUGGGGGACAGAGGAAGGGUUAGUCAUAAACAAAUUAAUGUCAACCCCUAUUAUUUCACACAGAGUCCAUGUAACAUAUUCUGUGAUUUGUUAUGCCAAAUUUUACUCCUGAACUAAUUUAUGCCUGCCUAAACAAAGAGGCUGAAUACUUAUGCAAUGACUAUAUUUUAGUUAUUUAGUAACUUUUUUUUUUUUUUUCACUUUGACAUUACACAGUAUUUUGAGUUCAUUGUUGACAACAAAUUACAAUUAUAUCAAUUUUAAUCCCAGAUUUUAACACAAUAAAACUUGAAGAAAUACAAGGGGUAUGAAUACUUUUGCAAAAACAACUCCAAGUGUAUUUUUAAUGAAUAUACUAAAUUAAUGAGUGUGUUUAAGUUUAAUGAUAGUGAACUUAAAGACUGAAAAAUAAUUAAUUUAAAGUACACUUUUAAUAAGUGUAUUGAAGGUUGAUGAUAGUAUAUUAAAAGUAUACCAAAAUACUGAAAAAACAAUCAAUAUAAAGUACACUUUUAAUAAGUGUGAUAUAGUAUAUUUAUAGUAUACAUAAGAUAUACUAGAAAAAUACAUCUCAUAUUUAAAGUAUAUUAUUUGAAUUUGUUGUAUAUUUAAGUAUACUUUUUCGCUUGGGAUGAACAGACCCUGAACACAGACAGUAUGAUAUAUUGCAAUGUUGAUGUAUGAUAACAUAUCCAACGGGAUUCAGCCAUUCUGCUGUUACAGCUGGAGGCAGGAACAGGGUAUGUUGAUAGAUAUGCUAUUGAAACUAUGGGCUAUAGGCGUAAAAUCUUUAAUGUGUAUACAGUGAAAAAGCAUGUUGACGUGGAUAGUUUUUGCAGACAUCUCAACUUGGAGAGAAAUCUCAGCUUUCAUGUGUGACUUUUAGGCUGAAUUUGUAGAUUAGUAAACUGUUAAAUUAGAUAUGUUCAGUGCUAUCAGAUUCUGGUACAGAAGCACAGAAAACCAAUCAGCCAUUGAGGGAUUUGUUUCAGUGCUGGAGGGAUAGACAGAGAGUGAAGGAAUUACGCAGGGGUGAAGGAAAGGAAGAGAUGGGAGAGAGGGAGGGAGAGAUAGUUUGAGAAGAGGUAAAUGUGGAAAAAGGAGGGUUCCUUUUUGGAAAGCAUGUUUUUGCUUGUGAUUUUGCCUCUUCAGGUUGCAUAUGACAGUAGGAAAUACAUGAACAGCUGAAAUCAAAGCUACAGUAUAAGAGACCUACACUUAUAUCUACGACAGUGCAGACCAGGCUUAUAUCUACCAAACGAGGCUAAAGUGGACCUUUGUUCUUGUGCACAGUGUCUAAAAUGCUCGCAUGUACUCUUUAAUUAGGAAUUAUUAAUCCGGUGGAAGACACGUGCUGACAUGUUUUCAAGAAGAUGCUGCCAUUUACUGUCAGUCUCACUAUUACAAUUCGAUGGUACAUUUGAUUAGCGGGUCGUGUGCUAAAGUUUUGAAAGGAUUACAUUUCAUUGUAAGUGUAUAUUGAAUAAGACACAGAUAUAAGCUGGAGUGGCAAGGUUACGACUCCUCCUUGCGCAUUUAAGAUGAAUCUUAAUCUUAACAGCUGCAGGCAUUAAGUAGAGGGUAAAGUAAAGUCUUAAGUAACGUUUUGAUGAUGUGUGUGUUUCCAGGACUGUAUCCGUGACAUCACAGAUGCUCUGAUUGCACUCUGUGAGGAGCGGCAGGAGGAUGAGGUCACAGCAGUGCUGUCCAACUCCCAGAUCAUACACACUGUCACCAACAUCUUUGGAGCAGGUGAGAGAGACGGAACAGAGAAAUUAUGCAACACCUGAUUUGAAGGUCUGCUUAAAAACAGCAUAUUAACACAAAGGCUAUUACACAGAUUGUUAGUUCUUUAAAAUAAAUGUGUCAACUGACCAUGAGGCGAUUUCAGGGCUGUGGCUGUUGUAUGUUUGCUGAGACUAUAUUUUCAAAUCCAGAUUUGUUAAAUUUUUGGGGAAGAUCUCCAUGCCUAGCAGGGAUGGGUUGAAGAAUACCUUUGAACAGACCAACAAUACAGCAACCUCUUUAAGUUAGCGUUCAUAAUAGCAUGGAUAUGGUGAUGGUAAUAUAGACGAUUGUAACUGAUGUUACAUUUUUUAUUUUAUUUUAACAUUUCAGGAUUCGAUACCAUUAUAGCUGGUUUGCAGUGAAGCCUCCUAUACCUCAUCAAGUUUCCUGAAAUCCAGGUCAAAAUACACCAGGAGAUUGAUACUGUACAUCCUCUGUAAAUGAAUAACUCCUCCUGCCUGAACAGCACUUCUUAUAGUGUAAUACCCUAUGCCCUUAUAGCGCUAUAUGGUCUUAUUGUCUCCUCAUACCUUGUCUCUUUGUAUGUCUGCUUGUGUGUCUGCUUUACCUGGUACUUUACCUGCUAAGAAUAAUUCCUUUGUUUUAUAAAAAUGGAUGGGAGUUCAGCUGUUUUAUGAAUGAACGGUCAUUCCUGACAAACAGCACGUCCUAAUGAGCAGAGAUUCCUGCAGUACCACCCAGUUUGACAGUUUGACGGUGUAGAUGGGCCGUCUGUGCAGUUCCAUACAAUGAUCUAAUCUUUCAUAGACGGAUCCACGUCUUUGUUUGGUUCAGGCGACCACAUUGGCCCUGCCAGACUACCUCGGUUUGUGGACGAGACCAAGAUGCCUUUUACCGAGGCCUUCAUAUGCGAGGUGUUCCGUCACACAUCCUACGUCCCCUUCAAACCAAAUCAAAUCAAUUUGUAUUGGUCACAUACACGUGUUUAGCAGAUGUUAUUGCUGGUGUAGCGAAACGCUUGUGCUUCUAGCUCCGACAGUGCAGUAAUAUCUAACAAUUUCACAACAUAUACCCAAUACACACAAAUCUAAGUAAGGAAUUAAUUAAGAAUAUAUACAUAUAUGGACGAGCGACGUCAGAGCCGCAUGGACUAAGAUACAGUAGAAUAGUAUAGAAUACAGUAUAUACAUAUGAGAUGAGUAAUGCAAGAUAUGUAAACAUUAUUAAAGUGACUAAGAUACCGUAGAAUAGUAUAGAAUACAGUAUAUACAUAUGAGAUGAGUAAUGCAAGAUACGUAAACAUUAUUAAAGUGGCUAGUGUUCCAUUUAUUAAAGUGGCCAGUGAUUUCUAGUCUAUGUCUAUAGGCAGCAGCCUCUAAUAUUCUAGUGAUGGCUGUUUAACAGUCUGAUGGCCUUGAGAUAGAAGCUGCUUUUCAGUCUCUCGGUCCCAGCUUUGAUGCACCUGUACUGACCUCGCCUUCUGGAUGAUAGAGGGGUGAACAGGCAGUGGCUCGGGUGGUUGAUGUCCUUGAUGAUAUUUUUGGCCUUCCUGUGACAUCGGGUGCUGUAGGUGUCCUGGAGGGCUGGUAGUUUGCCCCCGGUAAUGCGUUGGGCAGACCGCGCCACCCUCUGGAGAGCCUUGCGGUUGCGGGCGGUGCAGUUGCCGUACCAGGCGGUGAUACAGCCCGACAGGAUGCUCUCAAUUGUGCAUCUGUAAAAGUUUGUGAGGGUUUUAGGUGCCAAGCCAAAUGUCUUCAGCCUCCUGAGGUUGAAGAGGCUCUGUUGUGCUUCACCACACUCUGUGUGGGUGGUCCAUUUCAGUUUGUCAGUGAUGUGUACGCCGAGGAACUUGAAGCUUUCCACCUUCUCCACUGCGGUCCCGUCGAUGUGGAUAGGUGGGUGUUCCUUCUGCUGAAGUCCACGAUCAUCUCCUCUGUUUUGUUGACGUUGAGUGAGAGGUUACUUUCCUGGCACCACACUCCCAGAGCCCUCACCUCCUCCCUGUAGGCUGUAUCGUCAUUGUUGGUAAUCAAGCCUACUACUGUUGUGUCGUCUGCAAACUUAAUGAUUAAGUUGGAGGUGUGCGUAGCCACGCAGUCAUGGGUGAACAGGGAGUACAGGAGUGGGCUGAGCACGUACCCCUGUGGGGACCCAGUGUUGAGGAUCAGCGAGGUGGAGCUGUUGUUUCCUACCUUUACCACCUGGGGGCGGCCCGUCAGGAAGUCCAGGACCCUGUUUCACAGGGCAGGGUUCAGACCCAGGGCCUCGAGCUUAAUGAUGAGCUUGGAGGGUACUAUGGUGUUGAAUUCUGAGCUAUAGUCAAUGAACAGCAUUCUUACAUAGGUAUUCCUCUUGUCCAGAUGGGAUAGGGCAGUGUGCAGGGUGAUGGCGAUUGCAUCGUCUGUGGAUGUAUUGGGGUGGUAAGCAAUUUGAAGUGGGUCUAGAGUGGCAGGUAAGGUAGAGGUGAUAUGAUCCUUGACUAGUCUCUCAAAGCACUUCAUGAUGACAGAGGUGAGUGCUAUGGGGCGAUAGUCAUUUAUUUCAGUUACCUUUGCUUUCUUGGGUAAAGGAACAAUGGUGGCCCUCAUGAAGCAUGUGGGGACAGCAGACUGGGAUAGGGAGAGAUUGAAUAUGUCCGUAAACACACCAGCCAGCUGGUCUGCGCAUGCUCUGAGGACGUGGCUAGGGAUGCCGUCUGGGCCGGCAGACUUGUGAUGGUUAACACGUUUAAAUGUUUUACUCACAUCGGCCACGGAGAAGAAGUGCCCACAGACUUUGGUAGCGGGCCGCGUCGGUGUCACUGUGUUAUCCUCAAAGUGGGUGAAGAAGGUGUUUAGCUUGUCCGUAAGCAAGACGUCAGUCUGGGCGAUGUGGCUGGUUUUCCUUUUGUAGUCCGUGAUUGUCUGUAGACCCUGCCACAUACGUCUCGUGUCUGAGGCGUUCCAUUGCGACUCCACUUUGUCUCUAUACUGACGUUUUGCUUGUUUGAUUGCCUUGCGGAGUGAAUAACUACACUGUUUGUAUUCUGCCAUAUUCCCAGUCAACUUGCCAUGGUUAAAUGCGGUGGUUCGGCGCGAAUGCUGCCAUCUAUCCACGGUUUCUGGUUAGGGUAGGUUUUAAUAGUCACAGUGGGUACGACAUCUCCUAUACACUUCCUGAUAAACUCAGUUACUGUAUCAGGGUAUUCGUCUAAAUUAUUUUCGGAAGCUACCCGGAACACAUCCCAGUCCGCGUGAUCAAAACAAUCCUGAAGCGUGGAUUCCGAUUGGUCAGACCAGCGUUGGAUAGUCCUUAGAACGGGUACUUCCUGUUUGAGUUUCUGCCUGUAGGAAGGGAGAAGCAAAAUGGAGUCGUGGUCAGAUUUGCCAAAAGGAGAGUGGGGGAGGGUCUUGUAAGCAUCCCGGAAGUUUGAAUAACAGUGGUCGAGUGUUUUAGCAUUGCGAGUACUACAGUCGAUAUGUUGAUAGAACUUCGGCAGCCUAGUCCUCAAAUUUGCUUUGUUAAAAUCUCCAGCUACAAUAAAUGCAGCCUCAGGAUAUGUGGUUUCCAGUUUGCAUGAAGUCCAGUGAAGUUCUUUGAGGGCCGUUGUGGUAUCGGCUUGAGGGGGGAUAUAAACGGCCAUGGCUAUAACAGAGGAAAAAUCUCUUGGGAGAUAAUACGGUCGGCAUUUGAUUGUGAGGUAUUCUAGGUCGGGUGAACAAAACAACUUGAGUUCCUGUAUGUUACUACAAUUACACCAUUAGUCUUUAAUCAUGAAACACACACCUCCAUCCUUCUGCUUCCCGGAGAGAUAUUUAUUCCUGUCUGCGUGAUGAACUGGGAAUCCCUCUGGCUGGACCGAUUUCGACAGAGUAUCCGAGAAAGACAUGUUUCCAUGGAACAAAGUAUGUUACAGGCCCUCAUGUCUUUUUGGAAAGAAAUCCUUGCCCUGAGCUCGUCAACUUUGUUAUCCAAAGGCUGAACAUUAGCGAGUAAUAUACUCGGAAGCGGUGGGUGGUGUGCGCGUCUCCUAAGUCGAACCAGCCUGCCUCGAGUGCCUCUCCUCUGCUGCCAAUAUUUUGGGUCGGCUUCUGGAAUCAGUUCAAUUGCUCUGGGGAGAGUGAACAAAGGAUCUGCUUCGGGGAAGUCAUAUUCCUGGUCGUAAUGCUGGUAGUUCUGGUGAGUUACCGCCGCUCUGAUAUCCAAUAGUUCUUCCCGGCUGUAUGUAAUGACACAAAACAUUUCCUGAGCUAAUAAUGUAAAAAAUAAUACAUAAAAAAACUAAAUACUGCAAAGUUUCCUAAGAGCUAGUCGCGAGGCCGCCAUCUCCGUCGGCGCCAUCUUACGCUUCACCAUACCACACUGGUGAGGCUCAGAUAACAGUUACAGUAACAACUUGUAAUGUUUAUUUCUGCAUGUUGCCUGUCUGCUAGUAUAUGCAGAUCAAAGUGUUAGCUCUAGGAAUGGAAUGUUGCUAUUUACACAGUUGGUCUCUUUUGUCCUGCUUUUCUUCCCUUUAGCACCACAGAAAACAUCACACUCAAUGGAUACUUCAUUCCUAAGGACACAUGUGUCUUCAUCAAUCAGUAUCAAGUUAAUGUGAGUGUUAUCUGUAUGCAUCUCAAAACAAACUUCUCAAUAUCCAUUUUAGUCCUUUGAGGAGGUGACAUGACUAUUUGGAGAUGUCAAUGACAGAAUGCAUUUGAAACAUCACGCACAGUAAAACUUAAUCCAAUUAUUUUAUUUAUAGGAGUGGGAUAAAAGGUGCUUGUGCAUCGAUAAGCACACCAAAGCGGGCAUUAACUGUAAGUAAUAAAAUAAAGACUGCACUUCAACAAGCCUAUUUCACACCAUAGCCUGUUGAAAUUGCAAGAUAACUUUUCUUUCAUUUUGAUUUCGGCACAAAUUUAAAUGUGGCACUGACUCGCCCAUGGAUUGAUGUUUCAGCAUUGUCUCAUUGAAGAGAUCAGCGUUCAACUAGACACGUGCGACAUGCACACGCAGUUACAACAUUUUACAUUUAAGUCAUUUAGCAGACGCUCUUAUCCAGAGCGACUUACAGUUAGUGAGUGCAUAAUAUAUUUUUUUCAUACUGGCCCCCCGUGGGAAUCGAACCCACAACCCUGGCGUUGCAAGCGCCAUGCUCUACCAACUGAGCUACAGGAGGCCUAGAGUUAGCAGCAGGCGGGCGAGCAAUAUCCAUCGUAGUAGUUAACGGAUGAAGCCUGAACUGGAAUGUGAAGCUAACUAAAGCUGGCUAGCUCUAGAAAACCCAGAGUAGAUCUAGCUUCAAUCGUAGUAGUAAACAGACCGAAACAGGGAGGGACUGACUACUUGGACUUGUCCAAUAAGAAAUGCUAAUUUUUGUUUCCAAGUUCAAAACAUUUUCCGUUGUGUGCCCUAAUGAACACAACCCUCUUGUGGUCGUCACUGGUCUGUUGUCGUUUUUCUAAUUUGUAGAGAUCUGUGGGGUGACCCAGACGUGUUCUGCCCCGAGCGCUUCCUGGGUGAAGAGGGACUGCUCAACAAAGACCUGACAGAGAAGGUCAUGAUCUUCGGGAUGGGGUAA